AUGUUUCACAAAAAAAUUCACAUCUUUCUAUUUUCAGCCACAUUCAUCAUCAUUUUCUUUGAAACUUCAAAUGCUGUCUCUAUCAAUGUAGUUAGCCAUGGUGCAAAACCUGAUGGCAAACAAGACUCAACCAAACAUUUCCUAAGUGCAUGGUCUUCAGCAUGCAAAUCAAAUGAAGCAUCCACAAUUUAUGUUCCUCAAGGAAGUUUCUUGUUAAACCAAGUCACAUUUUGGGGUCCUUGCAUGAACAAGAUUGAUUUUAAAAUUGAUGGCACUAUAGUUGCACCUUCAAAUUAUGUGUCACUAGGUAAUUCAGGAUAUUGGAUCUUGUUUAUGAAGGUUAAUAGGGUUUCAAUUUAUGGUGGGACUAUUGAUGGAAAGGGUGAUGACUAUUGGCAUUGUAGAAAAGCUGGAAAGAGUUGUCCUCCUGGAGCAAGGUCUAUAUCAUUUAGUUGGUCCAAGAAUGUGCUGGUUAGUGGAUUAACAUCAUUAAACAGCAAGUCAAUACACAUAGCAGUGGACCAUUGCAAAAAUGUUGUGAUAAAAGAUGUGAAUAUCAAAGCUCCUAGUAGAAGCCCAAACACAGAUGGGAUAAAUGUGCAAUUUUCAACUCUAGUUACUAUCAGCCAUGCUACCAUAAUGACUGGUGAUGAUUGCAUAUCAAUAAAUCAAGGUACAACUCAUGUGUGGAUUGAGCGAAUUGCGUGCGGCCCUGGUCAUGGCAUUAGCAUUGGAAGUUUGGGAAGCUAUUCAAAUGAAGCUGGAGUUGAGAAUGUAACAGUGACAGAUUCAGUGUUUACCAAAACAGAUAAUGGGGUAAGGAUAAAAUCGUGGGCGAAACCAAGCAAUGGAUAUGCAAGAGACAUUAAGUUUAGGAACCUCAUCAUGCAAAAUGUUUACAAUCCAAUCAUUAUUGAUCAAAGAUAUUGCUCCAAAAGGGAGUGUCCUCACCAGAGUUCUGGAGUGAAAAUAAGUGGUGUAUCAUAUGAACACAUAAAAGGAACUUCAGCAAGUCCAGUAGCUAUCAAAUUUGAUUGCAGUCAAAGCAAUCCAUGCCAGGGUCUCAAACUUAAAGAUAUAAAGCUCGUUUAUCUAAGAGGUUCUGGAACAUCAUCUUGCAAAAAUGUUGCUGGAAGCAGCACUGGAGUGGUCAUUCCAAAGAGUUGCCUUUGA